AUGCCCAAGGAGCUGGAGAGCAAGCGCGUGGAGCUUAUUAUCGAGUACCAUCGUAUUCUGGCCUUUGGCAAAGCAGCAGGACUCGUCGACGUGCCCGAGGGCUCCAACCUUGCCCUGACUUUGGGUACCGAAACAAUUGAGCUUGUGGCCAUCUUGGCGCGGAUUCAGUCCAUAAUGACCGAGUUCCGCGACUUGAAUGCCCGUUACUCUGAUGAGGAUUCUUCCAAGCCGUCUGUUUCCAUGAGGAAUGGUAACCACGGUGAGGGCUCAGGCAACACCAACCUGCCCAUUAGGCCCACCUUUAAGCGUACUCCCAGCCUCGCUGCUCAAUACGAGGAAAAGAAGCAGCAGCGGAAGCAUCUCCGGGGCACAAAUCAUCUCCGCGAGUUCUUCCAAAAGACAGGCCAUAACCUCAAGGAAAUUGUGACCCAUCCUGGCCGUAUUCGCUGGAUCGUUUCUGACAAGGAUGCCUUCGAUGCUCUUCUCAAGGACCUGCACACACUCACCGAACGUCUGCACGAGCUCAUGAGGGGCCAUCGCGAACGUCACAUCGAUGAGAUCACGGCAAUGACCUACCGCGAGUUAAUCAUGACUCGAAAUAGCGUCGACGACAUUAAGGUCAGUAUUGAGGCGGUCUCCAACCGCAUCAAUAAUUUCCCCUUCGAGGGCCCCAGCCGCCCCCGCCAUGGUGCCACAGAUUUUGCACUCCGAGACCUCUUUCAGCUCAAACGGAUGGGUCGUAUUGCAGAAAAUGUCAUUCUUGAACUCAAGAAUGAUGGGAAGAUCGAUCUUGACGAGCGUUUGAAGGAGUCCGGCCUGAAAUUGCAGAAGCUCACCGCCCAGGAGGUAUUUGAUAACUUCUCAUGGAAUGAGCCUGAAAUGGUUUAUCCUGCCGGCCUUGAUCGCCCUCGUGGCGUUCUGACUGUUGGCAACGAUGAACUGCCUGUUUGGGUCGAGUGGAAGCCGAUUGGUGACUUGCGUCCCAACUCUCCUCAGGACAAAGAGGUGUUCGUCCGCACCGGUCUCCUCUCCGAGAUGCUCAAAAUGCAGAAGCCGUCCACGAUGCACGUGCCUGAGUGUUUGGGCUUCUUCGACGAUAGAGAGGUGAAUGAAUGCGACCGUUAUGGUUGGAUUUACAAGAUGCCAGAGGGUAGUAGCAUGGACACUCGUGUUGUCUCGCUCUACCACAUCCUAGGCAACGACAAGCACAAACCCAGUCUCUCCAAGCGCGUCGCCAUGGCUACAGCGCUUUGCACAACCGUCAUGAACCUGCAUGCCGUCAACUGGCUGCACAAGGGCAUUUACAGUGACAAUGUCGUCUUCCACUUUGACAAGAACGGCAACUACAAUGCCGAGAAGCCUCUUCUGUCAGGUUUCGAAUAUUCUCGUCCUGAUGUCGGCAAUACGACCAACCGCGAAGUCGACGCAGUCUGGGACCUAUAUCGAUGGCCUGCCAUUCAGCGCGAGAAGCCAACCGACCGCAACUCGCGCAAGACAUACGACAUGUACAGCCUUGGCCUAGUGAUGCUCGAGAUUGCACACUGGGAGCGUCUUCAGAACUUGAUGUGGCUUCACGAUGCCCCCCGCGAUAGCGAUCAAAGUGACGACACCAGCAAGAAGGGUAAAAAAUUCAUUGCGAACAUCGGGAUGGGCAAGGAGAAACUGCUGCCGAAUGUCACUUUGGAUGAAUCUAAGGGUGUCCGAGACUGGCUGCUGGACAUCCGCGAAGGCGCCCCAUUCCGUGCUGCUGGCCGUCCUAAUCCCUUGCAGGCGCUGCGCCACGUCGCAGGAGACCUCUACUUCCACGCUGUAUUGCGCUGUAUCUGGGCUCAUGGCCCCAAUGGGUUUAGUGUCGAGGAGCUUGAUGACCAGUCGAACGACUCUGACAUCGGCGUUCAGCUCCAGGAGGCGUUCAUGAGGUAUGUUGUUGAGCCGCUCAGGUCUGUGCAGAUCUAA